UACAACAAUGAGUGUUUGAUGUUUACUAAAAACACUUAAAUGAUGAAAGACAAAAUGGAAUUAGUACAACAUGUACCUGAUGUUAUUAAAAAAUGCUCGAAUGUAUGGUUUUGCAAAUGUAAAAGUGAAGAGAUAUUGAUAACAUACCUGACAAUAUGAAAAUAAAACACUAUCCAGGAAAAGCCGUCAUGGAGGACCCGUGGCUUUCUAUCAACGACAGGACUAUGGAUCUUGUUUACGCUGCAAAUUGGGUUGGGGCAAAGAAUCUCACUACAUUUAAUGAAACUGAUAAUAGGUCUAAUAAGGUCAAGUUUAACUCGAUAUCUAGAAGUAAAUCAUGCAGAGAUGUAGAUCGUAUUAACGAUCGAGAUAAUGAAAACAAAAUUUAUUCUCCCAAAGACAACGGCUACCAUUAUCCUAAUAACGUUCCUAAUGAAAACAUAUCUCAAUUAGCAAAAUAUCAACAAAACAUAGAAGAAAAGGCUAGAGCAAAUAAUAAUCUCAUUAGUCAAAAUAAGUUGAAGCAUAGCUAUAGUUUUAAAGACAUGCCAAACGGAUAUAGACCUUCAACGCUACGAAGAAUUAAACGGAGAAAUUUCACAGAAUGGGAUAUCGAAUCAUUUGGUUCCAAUAGUAAACCACCUCCAAUGCCUCCGCAAAGAAAAGAUUCUCUAAAGUAUGCGCAUAGACAAAGAAAAGUCGAUUCAAAGAAAAAUUACUACCCGCUGCCCGAUCCUGGUCCAGUACCUUUAGACCCAUCAUCGGAAUCAUACUAUGAAUACUAUUCAAGAGUAAAUCAACAAAAUAAUGACACUGAUAGCGACAAAAUGAAGCAGCUGCAAAAAGAACCCAAAAAAGAACGUACCUCUCUCAACGGAGAGAUUAAGCAGAAUGGUACUGUACGUGGGUUCAGCAACGAUAUGUAUCAAAUAAUAAAUUCUAUGGCAACUUUAGAUUUAACUCCAAUCAAAUCCAGGAAUGGAGAACAAAACCACGCGGAUUGCGAAGCGGAAGAUUUGGGCUUAUAUAUGCAGCCUGUUAAUGAGCCGUUAUCUACAUGCGAUCCACUUCCUGAGCACACUACGCAACCAGUUAACGAACGAAACGGACGCAAAGAAGUAAAACCAAACUUUCGUUCUAAAUCUUUGAGGGUAAAAAGUGAAGGAAGACCACCUCUUCGUGGCUAUCUUGAUGUUGUCCAACCUAAAAGUGAACCUUACAAUGGUGUUACUGUUACGCAACCGAAAAGGAAUCUAUCGCCAAGUGAACAACUGACAUUAAUGCAGUACGAAAUGUUUAAUGGCCAUCAAAAACCUGCCCCUGUGAUCAGCAACGGGUUUCAUUCCAUCGAUUUAGGAACAGAAAGUGACUAUCGGACUACAAACGGUGUUGCGAAACAUAUCAAACGUGAUAAGUACGGAAAAUUAUAUAAUACAGUAAGAGUUAAAAGUGACGAUAGAUAUGAUAGAUAUAACGACAUUUUAAAAAUGGGUUCUCCAAAGGAACGUAUUAGUGAGGAACGAGUGCCUAAUGGGAAUGGUGUUUAUUCGCGAAGUGCUAAAAGUUCAUCAAGUGGGUCGGAUUCGGACUUCUCAAUACCGAGACCGAAGUUGAUAGUUCCGGUGCACACGUAUGGUUUACGAAAAAGGAGAACCGGAAAUCUCUGUCAGAGAGAUAGUAAUGCAACCGAUUCAACUCUAGAUGCUGGAAUAUUAUUAGAUGUUACCCGUUUAGAAGAUGAAGCCAACAAGUCCUUGGAGAAACAUCCACAGAGUGGAAACGCAGAGGGUCGAGUGGAAGUCUCAAGAGAGAACAAAUACCUCAGCACAAUGGCACCAGGGAAGGUCUUUGGCGAGCUGGCAAUCCUCUACAACUGUAAACGAACAGCCACGAUCAAAGCUGCCACAGACUGCCGAUUAUGGGCCAUCGAACGACAAUGCUUCCAGACUAUUAUGAUGAGGACUGGUCUCAUCAGACAGGCGGAAUAUACUGACUUCCUUAAGAGUGUUCCGAUCUUCAAGGACUUGCCUGAAGACACGCUGAUCAAGAUUUCCGAUGUGUUGGAAGAGACACAUUAUCAGAACGGUGAUUACAUCAUCAGGCAGGGUGCGCGUGGUGAUACCUUCUUCAUUAUAUCCAAAGGACAGGUGAAAGUAACACAGAAGUUGCCUAACUGCAAUGAUGAGAAAUUCAUCAGAACUCUCGGAAAGGGAGAUUUCUUCGGAGAGAAAGCAUUACAAGGUGACGAUCUCCGCACAGCGAACAUAGUCUGUGACUCACCAGAGGGUACUACGUGUCUCGUCAUUGACAGAGAGACCUUCAACCAGCUCAUAUCGGCCCUCGACGAGAUAAGGACGAAGUACAAGGAUGAAGGAGAUAGUAGAGCAAGACUCAACGAAGAAUUUGCCAAUCUCCGUCUCUCAGAUUUGCGCAUCAUUGCGACACUGGGUAUCGGCGGUUUCGGAAGAGUCGAGCUGGUGCAAAUUCAAGGAGACCCCACCAGAUCGUUUGCCUUGAAACAGAUGAAGAAAGCUCAGAUCGUUGAAACUAGACAACAGCAACACAUAAUGUCCGAAAAGGAGAUCAUGUCGGAAAUGAACUGCGAAUUCAUUGUAAAGCUGUUCAAGACAUUUAAAGAUAGAAAGUAUCUGUAUAUGCUGAUGGAAACUUGCCUAGGUGGAGAGCUGUGGACUAUUUUGAGAGACAAAGGGCAAUUCGACGAUGCCACGACAAGAUUUUAUACAGCCUGUGUGGUUGAAGCUUUCCAUUAUCUACAUUCUAGGAAUAUUAUAUACAGGGAUCUCAAGCCAGAGAAUUUACUACUAGACUCGAAGGGUUACGUGAAACUGGUCGACUUUGGUUUCUCGAAGAAACUGCAAGCCAGUCGCAAGACUUGGACGUUCUGCGGCACGCCGGAGUACGUUGCACCUGAGGUCAUCAUGAACAGAGGCCAUGACAUCAGCGCGGACUAUUGGUCCUUAGGUGUUCUCAUGUUUGAGCUUCUCACUGGUUCCCCGCCAUUUACGGGAGCUGACCCCAUGAGGACAUACAACAAGAUCCUCAAGGGCAUUGAUGCUGUGGAGUUCCCUCGAUGCAUUACGAGGAAUGCUGCAAACCUGAUUAAGAAAUUAUGCAGAGACAAUCCAGCCGAGCGGCUUGGUUACCAGAGGGGUGGCAUUACUGAGAUACAGAAGCACAAAUGGUUCGACGGCUUCAACUGGGAAGGUCUAGCACAACGUACAUUGGAACCACCAAUCAUGCCCGUAGUGAAGUCCCCAGUGGACACGCACAAUUUCGACCAAUAUCCAGCCGAUGCGGAUGAACCCCCGCCAGAUGACCUAUCAGGAUGGGAUGCUACUUUUUAAAUCAGUCGGAUUAUAGUGAGUGAGAGUUGCGAGAGUGAGAUAGAAGGUAUUUUUUUAUCUGUUGCUAUCAUGUAGAACAUUGUUGAAGUUGAACUUUAUGUAUGUUUUGAUUCCGGUUUCAUGUGAGUUACACGAUAUUGGCACAAGUUUUUUUUUAAACGAUUUAAUGUAAUCUGUUAAGUGCAGACAUGUAUAUGGAUAAAAUCAAGUUACUAUAAUAACUCUAAUAUUUUGUUACUCAAAUUAUUUUAAUUCAAAUGGUGCAUGUACACAGCUUUUCACAUUUAAUUCACUUAAGUUAUGUAAAAAAUAUACCUAACUACUUUUAAGAAUAAAUUGCCAUUAAAUUAUUAAGGCCUUGCCGAUGGGAGUCGCCAUCUUUUUGUAAAAAGAAAAUAUGUUUUUUUACAUUUCAUUCGAUCGAUACCCUCUUAUACAUAUAUGUCACACACUUUGUUGCCUAUUUUCCCGUCCCAUCUUUGUUUUCUACGUUUUCAAAUUUAAUGUAAGCAUUUUAUUUAAAUAGUCACCUUAGCUCAUAAAAUACGUAAAAAUACAGGAUAUAGAAUAAUACAACAAAACACCACUUUAAGAACAUAAAUAGCUUAUAUUCCAUUUUCAAUAAUAUAUUUUCUUUAAAAAAAUCGUAAUAAUCAGUGGUUAAUAUACCACUUAUCAUUAAUAAAUUUGACUAAUAUUUGGUGAUACAUAAUAACAAUGUGAUACAUCACAAAAUAUUAGUCACUUGUGAUAAGAACACGUUCUAUUAUAAAUUUAUAACCCAAUAACGUCUGUUAUUAUUGGAUAUUGAAACAUCCAAAUGGUGCUCAAAUGAUGUAUAAACAAUAACAAUAAUGAACCUUAAUACAUAGAAAACAAAAAUUAUCGAACAACAUCGUUUAAAAUUAAGGUGUCAGUAAAGUUUAUUAGGAAUUUAAUGAUGUCGAUGUUUUUGCGUACAUUUCAAACUAAUUUGACAGUAAUAAUUAACUUUGAGAAUUUUCAUUUUAUAAGGCACAUUUUUGUUCAUGCCUGUCAUUGCAUCUUAAAAACUUAGGGCGCCUUCUAGGACGACACUCGUACUGUAGAACCGCUGCGUGGCGCUUCUGUGGCAUGGCAGCCGCGCCAUUACUAAUGUUCAUACAAUGUCUAGUCUGCAAAAGUAGCGCAACUGUGGUAAUGCAGCUGCGCUUCUAAAGAUUGUAUGAAAAUUCUAUUACGC